GGUGCGCCCUGAGAGCCGGGUAGCCUUGGAUAGCGGCGCUGCGUACGCGAUGAUGGAUGAGCCGUGGUGGGAAGGGCGCGUCGCCUCGGACGUCCACUGCACCCUGCGCGAGAAGGAUACCCGAUCAUUGGAGUAGAACCCACUCUAAUCCAAUGUGAUGUCAUCAUAAUUUAAUUACAUCUGGAAAGACUCCAUUUCCAAGGUCGAAGCUCCCAGGAGAAUCCACAAAAGGAACCUGGAAAUCGGGGACAGGAGCUGGAGGUGUGGAGGGAAGAGCUUUGGAGCCACUCCACAGAGUGAUCCCGGAGGAAAGCAGAGAGAUCCAAGAACUGGACCUGUGACAGAGAACCAGCAUGGAGGGACACGUCGGGACCUCUUCCCCUGGGUCCCUGAUACUUUAUGAGCCUGUGCUUAGUGAAAGCAGAUGGGAGAUAGCCCAGGAGGGGCUGCCAUCCUGGGACUUGCAGGAAAACUAAGAAGGGAACUGAAGCUGCCCACCUUCCGAGCCCACUCCCCACUCCUGAAGAGCCGCCGGUUCUUCGUGGACAUCCUGACCCUGCUGAGCAGCCACUGCCAGCUCUGCCCUGCAGCCCGGCACCUGGCCGUCUACCUGCUGGACCACUUCAUGGAUCGCUACAACGUCACCACCUCCAAGCAGCUCUACACCGUGGCCGUCUCCUGCCUCCUGCUUGCAAGUAAGUUCGAGGAUCGGGAAGACCAUGUCCCCAAGUUGGAGCAAAUAAACAGCACGAGGAUCCUGAGCAGCCAGAACUUCACCCUCACCAAGAAGGAGCUGCUGAGCACAGAGCUGCUGCUCCUGGAGGCCUUCAGCUGGAACCUCUGCCUGCCCACGCCUGCCCACUUCCUGGACUACUACCUCUUGGCCUCCGUCAGCCAGAAGGACCACCACUGCCACACCUGGCCCACCAGCUGCCCCCGCAAGACCAAAGAGUGCCUCAAGGAGUAUGCCCAUUACUUCCUAGAGGUCACCCUGCAAGAUCACAUAUUCUACAAAUUCCAGCCUUCCGUGGUCGCUGCGGCCUGUGUUGGGGCCUCCAGGAUUUGCCUGCAGCUUUCUCCCUACUGGACCAGAGACCUGCAGAGGAUCUCAAGCUAUUCCCUGGAACACCUCAGCACGUGUAUUGAAAUCCUGCUGGUAGUGUAUGACAACGUCCUCAAGGAUGCCGUAGCCGUCAAGAGCCAGGCCUUGGCAAUGGUGCCCGGCACACCCCCCACCCCCACCCAAGUGCUGUUCCAGCCACCAGCCUACCCGGCCCUCGGCCAGCCAGCGACCUCCCUGGCACAGUUGCAGACCCCCGUGCAGGACCUAUGCUUGGCUUAUCGGGACUCCUUGCAGGCCCACCGUUCAGGGAGCCUGCUCUCGGGGAGCACAGGCUCAUCCCUCCACACCCCGUACCCCCCGCUGCAGCCCCUGGAUAUGUGUCCCGUGCCUGUCCCUGCGUCCCUUAGCAUGCAGAUGGCCAUUGCAGCUGAGCCCAGGCACUGCCUCGCCACCACCUAUGGAAGCAGCUACUUCAGUGGGAGCCACAUGUUCCCCACCGGCUGCUUUGACAGAUAGGCCACCUCCAGACCUCACGAGGAAGCCUUGGAGAUCUGGGCAGAGGAAGAGGACACUGAAGAGGAGAGUUCAGCCGAGUGAGGCGGCAGGAGGCCAUCCCUGAAGAGCCUUGGAACGUGGAGGGUCUGUGCUCCUUUUCAAUAAAACUGACCCAGAGCAAAACAUUCAAUAACAUACCUCACCCGAGAGCAUUCCUCUGAGAAACAUCUGCCACGUGUGGCUAGGGUACAAAAGGAUGGCUUGGUGGCCGUCCCCCCACGCAGGGGCCCAGUUAAUCGAGAAAAGACUUGGUAAGAGGCCAGGAGAGUGGGAACUGGACACAGACCACUGAUCUCAAGCAUGUCCAGUUUUUAGCAUUAAAGACUUCUCUACUCUUUGCUGAUGGCAGCUACACCACUGAAAAAGGAGGGGCAGCCUGGCGUGUUCUCAGGACCCCCGCAGGAUCCCGUAUUGGGUGCUUUUCUUUUCCUGGCUCCGUGCAGAGGGGCCUGAGUUGGUGUGUAUGCCUGAGCGUUUGCCUUGCGAGGCACAGUGGGUGGCUGUCUUGCCUUUGUUUUCGAACCUAAAAUCAUUUUCAGCCUUUUAGAUAUGUCAUGUGCUGCUGCUUCCCGAAGUGGUCUCGCUUUCUGUUUUGUAAGAUGUCUUGUUUACACACUGUAUCAGGGAUUUGGUGAUACUUGAAAAUUCCUUUGGAGAAAAAAACAAAUUUAAUUGCCACACUGCCUGUCCCACAUGAGGGCUGUUAAGUCGGAACCCAAGUUUGAACCCAGCUUGUGACGGACCUGCAGGUAACCACAGAGCUUCCUUUUUGAAAGCAUAUGGUUGGAGAGAACCACUUUCCCAGCUCUCGGUUCCAGAAGAUUCCACGUCUUGGAGGCUGUGUUCACUGCUAGAACUCUAAUAACUACCCAGGGAGGGAGAAGCUUGUUGAAAGGAAGACAAAAGAUUUAAACAAUUCCCACCUCUGUCCAGCACAUACUUACAGUGCAUGAGUUUAAGCCAGUCUCGGCUUUGAGUGUGGCUGAUAGCGAAGGAUAGCAAUGUGGGAAAUUUGCUUAGUCCCACCUGGAUUUGGGGAGUGGGACGUACAUGGGCAUUUGAUACCACCAUUGAUAGGCAAGCGACUGGUUGGAUCAAAAGCCAGUAUUUAGGGAUCUGCAGCGAGAGGGUUCUCAGGAAGACUCUUGUAACCAUGUGCAAUAUGUUUUUAUUCUGACUAGCAGCUUGUGCUCAGCAUGUUCUUUGGUUUAGUUUGGGGUUGGGGGACACAUCGUUCACCCGUCAGAACUGGGAGGUGCAAUGGACCAUGGAAGCAAUUUUCGUUUUGUUUGAGGAAUACCUGUCUUGGUUUCCUUAGCCCCUUGCCAGUCCUGGAGACUGUGGCAGGGGCCGCCAGGAAGGCGGCUGCGUGCUGCUGAGUCAGAUCCGAAGGUGGUGAAUCUUUCCAGAGCAGCUGAAAAAUCUCAGCGUGGAGGCAGUAAGAAAAGAGACGGGGUGUGGAUAAGACUUUGCCGCCGUGUCACACUAGCAUAGGAGGCUGCACGUUCGUUUGUUGUUUUUCUUUUUUUCCUUUGCCAACCUCCGUUCUAUUUAUGUGCAAGCAGUUUGGAUUCAAGUUCUUGUAUCUAUCUGUUCUGGGACCUGGGGAUCGUGAGGGUUCCCUCACAGCCAGCACGGCCCCCAGAAAGAGGCGUCCCACAAUAAACACGUCACCUGCUCUUGGUCUCUC